ACCUCCACCGCUACUACAACUAGUAUAAAGAACUUUAUCAUUUCUACAUCUCUUUUUCUCAACUCCUCUCAAUUCGAUUUCUUCUCCAAACGAAAAAAAGAAAUCUCUAAUUUUUGAAUCUCUUUCUAUUACCAUCUCACAACCACAAAUGAUACCGAUAAAGCUUGGCCACAGAUGCUUCCAGUUUAGAUAUCAUUCAUGUCUAGUUUCUUUCAAUAUAUCAAUUCUUUCCAAUUUGAUAUGAUCGUUUUAGCUUCUGAUUAUUCCUAUAUUACCCUUAGCUAAGAUACUUAAAUUCUUCACAACUUUUGUUUGAUAGUUAGUUAUUAAUAUUCCCUACUAGCUACGUUAUUCUCUUUUCAAUAUAUAUCCAUCUCCCAAAUGGUUGCAAACGAUUACGACUCAUGUGUUGUUGUUGAAAUGGGUUGGAAUCGUAGGAUAUUGCUCAUCAGUUCGAUAUUGUUUUGGCUCUUGUUCGUAGUAUUCCCGUUCGAAAACCACGAAGGGAAGCCUGUCAAUUAGAAAGAGAUUAUUUAGUUUUCCGUUCAUAAGUAUAUUAAGCAAUUAAUAAGUAAACAAGAAAGAGAUUAAUAGCUCCUGUUUCUAUAGAUUAUUCGCAAGUUUUUUCAGUGUGUUACAGAAUGUUUGAUCACAUUCAGAAUCAGGCAGAGCAAAGAGAAGUAGAAGAAGGUACGCCGUCAUCAUCGGAGUAUGGAUACGUAGAGAUUGAUCCCUCCGGUCGGUAUGGACGUUUUAAUGAAGUACUGGGGAGAGGAGCUGUGAAAACAGUAUACAAAGCGUUCGAUAGAGAGAAUGGUAUGGAAGUUGCGUGGAACCAAACUAAACUUAACCACGUAUUUGAAUCAUUUGAUGCAAUACAAAGACUCUAUUCUGAGGUUCAUCUACUUAAUACUCUUCACCAUGAUUCCAUCAUUCAUUUCCACAAAUAUUGGGUUGAUGCCAAACAUCGAACUUUCAACUUUAUCACCGAAAUGCUUACUUCUGGUAAUCUCAGACAGUACAUAAAGAAAUACAAGAAUGUUGAUGUCAAAGCUGUUAAGAAAUGGGCUCGUCAAAUAUUGAAUGGACUUGUUUAUCUUCAUGAACAUGAUCCCCCAAUUAUUCAUAGAGACCUCAAAUGUGACAACAUAUUUGUUAAUGGUCAUCUUGGUCAAGUUAAAAUUGGUGAUUUCGGCUUUGCGGCAAUCCUUCGCGAUUCUUCUCAUGCUCAUAGUGUCAUUGGUACACCAGAGUUCAUGGCACCAGAGAUGUUCGAAGAAGACUACAAUGAGUUGGUAGACAUCUACGCGUUCGGAAUGUGUGUACUAGAGAUGCUUACUUCUGAGUACCCUUACAGCGAGUGUACAAACACUACAGAAAUCUACUACAAAGUUACAAAGGGGAAGUUGCCAAGUGCAUUAUUUAGGAUAAAUGACCUUGAAGCCAAGCUUUUUGUCCAGAAAUGUUUAGGUACGGCCUCAAAGAGGUCACGAGCUAAAGAACUCUUGCUUGAUCCUUUUCUUGCAUGCGAGGAAGUGGAGAAAUUGCCUAGUACUCCAAGACAGAGAAACAACCGACGCUACAUGCAGCCGUCGAUCGAACCUACUUGGAGUAGUAACAUGACAAUUAUAGGGGAACUCGACCCCGAAGACGAUGAUAUUAUAAAUCUCAAAGUACAGUUCGCUAACAAAUAUGGUCGUAUCAACAAGGUCGAAUUUCCUUUCAAUAUCCAUAGUGAUACUUCAAUUGAUGUCGCAACUGAAAUGGUGAAAGACCUAGAGAUCCAUGAUCGAGAGCCGUCAGAGAUUGCUAAAAUGAUUUCAUCUUUCGUGCCAGAAUGGAAGGACUGGGACCUUCAAGACCAAAACCAUCCUAGUGAUGAUAUCGAUGAUCACCACAGUUAUAGUUAUGUAGAUGAUGAUGACGAAAACAAUGGGUCUAACCACCAGCCCCAUCCGUUUUACAAUUUUUCUUCAUGUUCUUCUUCCGAGACCUCCCUUUCCGGUCUACUACCUCCGAGUGCGACUCACAUUCCUUACAGAGAAUACACUCAGAGUGCAGCUUUCGGCUCUGACUGGCACCAAGAUGAUGAUGAUGAUGCCAGCUCACAAUGCUCCAUACACUCAGGAAUGUACUCAAACAUAAAUUAUCAAUCAGCCAGCGAUUUACAAGGUUCAUCCUGUGAUCUAGCGGGUCUCAAUAGAAGUGAACAGCAUCCACGUCAACUGUUAAUGACACCCAAAGGUGCAACAACAAGAUUCUGCCCAGAAACAACCGGCAACGAAAAGCUACAUUUGGGAAGUGAAAGUCAUUACCAACCAGAGUUCGCUUAUCCAAUGGCUUACCAAAACCGUGCCCGGCUAACGAAGAAUAAAUCAUAUGUUGACUUGAGAAGUCAAUCGUUACACCGCUCAGUGGUUGAUGAGGUUAACCGAAGAAGGUUGUUUAAGACGGUUGGAGCAGUUGAGAACAUUGGGUUUCAAUCACCCAGUGAUCAAGUUGCUUCAACGCCCUCAUCAUCAAAGGACAAGAAGGUGUCGUCCACAGGCGUGACGGUUGGUGUAGUUGACAACAUUGGAUGGCGAACACCGAGGGAUCAAUUUAUUGCUUCAACAUCCUCAUUAUCAAAGGGUAAGAUGAAGGCGUCACCUUCAGGCGUGACAAUUGGAGCAGUUGAGAACAUUGGACGACAAACACCAAAUGAUCCAUUAGCUUCAACAUCCUCAUCAUCGAAGGGUAAGAUGAAGGUGUCACACACAGGCAUUGGUUGGUUUGGUAAAAAGAAGAAAUAAUUUACUAUCUGGUGUUACAAAAUUGAUCCCUGCAUGGCUGCAUGUAUAUGUACAUAUAUAUGAGUGUUGUUGUAAGAAUAGUUCAAUAGUUUGCAUUCAGCAAAACUUUAAAAAAAAAAAUAAGAGAAUUGGCGUGGGAGUAUGUUUGUGGUUCACUUUCUAUUUAAGACAGAAAGAGUUUGUAUUAGCCACUUGCAAUGUUUUUCCUUGAUCUGACAGAAUU